CCAUUCAGACUUUUUCUUUCUUUUAGAUGUCACUUUUGUGCUUACACAGGAGGUUAUUUGCUCAUCAACACCCGAGUAUAUAUAUAUUUGCGUGUUAAAAUGGCACUAGGUGGCUCUUAGCAGUUACUUGAGUGCAAAGCCUGGAACGUUGCAUCUCAGCACCAGGGACAGCUCUCUACCCGCAGAGAGGAGAAAUAUUUCUGCAAGGAUUUUCCCUAGAAACUCGCUGAUUGGUUCAGAUUAAGGUUAACCUAACAAGGGUCCAUAAUGGAGAGAUACUUUUAUUUAAACGUUGCAGUUUUCCUUGUUUUCUCAAUCACUGUUUUAUUGGAGCGCACGGAUGUGGAAGGCGCACUUCCAGAAAAUAUCCAAUACACAAAUUCACAUGGAACUCGUGAAAAACAGCUGUUGGAUGCACUUCAAGGGGUUCUGGAAAAGCUUCAGAACAAAAGAAUAGAAGCCUGGAAAAAGAAGUUCAGCCAAGUUCCCAAGUGUUCUUUUGGUGACAUUUGUGCCAUUCGGAAGGGAGCACGCAUUGGAAAACUUUGCGACUGUCCACAAAUGACCAUCUGCAAUUCCUUUCUUCUUAAGUGCUUGUAGAGACUGACAGAAAUGACUUCAUAUUAACCUGUAUGUUAUGGACUUAUAACAAAUUUCCAUAAACAAUGUUAAGCCAUUCCCCAUAUUUUUUACCUUUGUCUUUUGCUGUUUAGUAUCAGUCAUCUGAUGUAUAUCUGACCACUGGAAUUCACAUAACUAACUAAUUAGAUGUUUGAGGGAAGAGAACAAGAUACAUUUCUUUGCCUCAACCCCAUGCUAGUUUGCUAAAGAAUACAAUAUUACUAAAGUACAGCACUUUGCUAUCAGAAACUUAAUGUUUACUGGCAUUUUCCUUUUCUUACAAUAACAGUACAUGUAAUUUAAAUCAUCACAUCAUUUUUUAAGAUUUUUUUGGGGUUUUCAUUAUUAUGUAAAAUUUAAAAAAACCUGAGUACAUUAUUUAAUGACAUUUAAAGAUAAGUCAUUCACUUGCUGGAAGAAUAGCUUUGUUGUCUAGCAAAAAGAAAUUGUCAUAGUCCUAACUGUGCCACUGUAUGUUUACCUUAGACAGUGUUGUUUUUGGAAUAUUCUGAAACUAAAAAACAUUAGAAAAUAUCUUGUUUUUUUUUUCAAAAUGUGUGGACAUCCAUGUGCAUUUGGAAGAUAAGCACACUUGCUGACAAGGUUUAAAAGUGAUAGUUAUCAACAGAGGAAACAGUUAGGCAUCUGUGUAAAUAUUGCCAGUAAAUAAAAUUUUAUUUUGAUAACACAGUUGUUCAGUUUUGAUUCCAUGACAAUGGAAGUGCAUAAUAACUUACAACAGUAGAGUUACGUAUUCAUUUAGUUGACAAAUAUACUCAUCUUUUAUCUUAUUCUUGUAAGACACAUUUAAUUUUUUGGGAAGUCUCAGAUAAUUAGUUCACAAAAGUAUUUUAUAUAAUCCAUUAAACUAUUAUAAUGACAUGUAAUAAAUAUUUUACCAUACAGGGGAGUUCCAGUUGCCAUUGUAUUUCAUACCAUUACAUUUUGAAUCGCCAAAUCCAUUUGUAAUGUGUCCCAUUCUUCACCAUUUUAAAGGCAAGUAAACAUAAG